CGGGUGAGCGCGUCGCGAGGCGCCGGCCGGCGGGCCAGGCUGAGGCAGCGCCGCGGCGGACAGCCCAGCAGACACUCGGCGCCGCCGCACCAUGCGGGUCGCGCUCCUCCUGCUCGCCCUUCUCAGGUGGGCGGCAUCGGUGUGCGGGGAAGAGUGUCCGGAGAAGGCGGCGUGCCAGCGGCUACGGGGACACCGCGUCGUCUGCUCCGGAGGGCUGCACCAGUUCGCCACGACCGCCGCGCCUCGCGUGCGCUCGGUGUGGCUGUGUGACUGGCCGGAGGCGACGCUCGACCCCGCGGCGCUGGCCCGAGCCUUCCCGGGCGCCCAGCAGGUGGCGCUGCUCAACGCCAACGUCUCCCGCCUCUCCGCGCCGUUCCCGCCCAUGGCCAAGCUGGAGACGCUGAACAUGACGGGUCUCGGCCUCCGCGAAUUAUCCGAGGACGCCCUUGGGAACCUCACGUCUCUCCGCACGCUGGACUUGCGGAAUAACCACCUGGAGCGUCUGGAUCCCGAGCUGUUCGACGACCUGGAUGAGCUGAAGCAAGUCUACUUGUCAGGUAACAGGUGGGACUGCGCGACGGCCGACGUGACGUGGUUGCUGGGCGACGACGGAGCGAUUGUCAAGGACCGCGACGCCAUGCGCUGCGGAGACGCCAACUUCACGGAGCGGCCAGUCGUGCGAGUCAUGUACUUCAUCAAGGCGAUGCAGGAGAAGUGCCCCAGCAACUGCACGUGCUGGAUGGGCUACGUGGCGCCCACCAAGGAGGGCUUCCUGCUGCCCAUCAUCACGGUCGACUGCAGCGGCCGCGGACUCACGCAGCUGCCCGAGGACGUCCCGGAGAACACCACCACCCUCAUCCUCACUGGCAACAAGAUCCGCGACGUGUCGCGGCUGUCGCGCGGCCUGGGCCACUACCCGCGCGUGCUGGACGUGCAGCUGGACGACAACGAGGUGUCCUCGCUGGACGAGCUGGAGGGCUCGCGCUGGCUGUCCACGUUCCGCGCGCUCAGCGUGCGCGGCAACCGCCUCUCGCAGCUGCCCGCCUACGCCUUCGACGACGCGCUCGAGCACAACGGCAACGCACUGCGACUCGCCCUGGGCCACAACCCCUGGCUCUGCGACUGCCACGUCACGCCUCCCUUCCAGGUGCUACUGCUAAAGUAUUCGAAGCUGGUCACAGAUCUGGAUGACAUUCGAUGCCAGAACAUCGAUGGCGACGAAAAUGCCAAUGUCAAGGUGAAGGACGUGUCGCGCAACUCGGUGUGCCGCGUGCCGGAGGAGCAGCUGGUGCAGCCCCUGGACGUGCUCAACGGCGUGCUGGCGGCGUUGAUCGCUGUCUCGCUCGCCAAGCUCGCCUACGACUACUGGGCCUUCAAGCGCACCGGCAAGCUGCCCUGGCUCGUCGGCAAGAUGCCCUGAGCCGCGGUACCAGCCAGACACGCAUCCAUCCGC